UCAUACUUUUUAAUUGUCCUUUGUCUUAAUUUCAUUUUCCUACUUCCUUGAAUUAUCUAAUUAAAUAGAGAUAGAUUUGUUAAGUUUUGAAGAAUACACUCCAUACUAGUGAAAUAGUUUUUAAAAACAGUGUUUCAAACUACUUAAGUUAAUUGAUAUACGGAGUGGUUAGUUACUUAAAAGGAUAAAUGAAACCAACACAAGUUUAGCUGAUCAAGACAAGAUAGAAGGUUCUUUUGUGAAAAUCGAUAAACAAUCAGCAAAGUCAUGUGAUACUUAUGUUACAAUAAAUAUAGUAAUAGUAUAAAGUUUUAUACUAAUAGUAUUAAUAUAUUCUUACGGUCACAAAUAAAGCUGGCCCAUUGCAUCAUUAUUUGUACUAUCUCUAUCCCUCUGUCAAGUUGUAGCGACGAAGACUUUAACUACUAGUACUAGUCUUAAUAUAGACUGGCUAAUUAUACUUCAAUUCAUUCAGUUUCCAAAUCAAAAAACACCAUGGUUUCCGGCGACUGUACAUCAUUCUCUGGUGCUAUUACUCCUAUCAAACUCACCCUUACUCACUCCCGGAGUUCCAACAAACAGAUGAAACACCACUUGCCGGUUCCAAUUUGCUCAGAAAUCUCAUCUUCAUCGGAGCAAAUCGCCGGCAGUGAAGAUCUUUUAACUGAAAUAUUUCUCAGAUUACCCACAAAAUCUCUAGUUCGUUUCCAGUGCGUAUCAAAACGCUGGCUUUCCCUUAUUUCCAGUACCCAUUUUCGACGUAUUCACACUCGUCGGAAUGCUACUUCAUCUGCUUCCACUGUUGGCGUUUUCUUGUGCCGACACCCGAAUUAUGAUUUUGUUGCUCUGGAUCAAGAACGUUUAUCCUCAAUGGAUCGGAUUUACGACCGUUUUUCAGACUGGCGUGGGAACAGAGUUGUCUGUAAUGUCAACUCUUGUAAUGGUCUUUUAUGUCUUGGUUUCAAAUUGGGUGAUGGAAAGACCGAGUUUUACGUUUGCAAUCUCACUACCGGUGAUCGUAGGUUAGUUCCGGUGCCGGAGACAAUGGUAGUGAAGAGUAUGAACUUAGCAUUCGUUCCAAAAGUAGCCGAUGAUUACGAUGUUGUUUGUGUUUGGUUAUCUGUUUCUGAGAAUCAGCUACGUUUCUCGGUUUAUUCAUCUUGUUCGGGGAGUUGGAGGCAUUCAAAUGAGCACUGUAAUGAAGUGGAUUUAUGUUGUUAUGGUGGAGUUUUCUGGAAAGGUGCUAUUCAUUGGUUUAGCCAAACAGGUCCUUUUUUGUGCUUACAAGUUGAUAGCUGCAGCUUUAAACCAAUGCCCAGUACUCAAAUACCUGAAGGCCAGUGGUAUAGAAACAUCGAGUAUUUCGGAGAAUCGGGUGGACAUUUGCAUCUUAUUGAGAUUCACAAUCCUCAAGAUAUAGAGUUCAAUGUUUUGGAAUUGAAGAGUGAUUAUUCUUCUUGGUUCGUUAAGUAUAAAGUGAAUCUUGAAUUUCUGACGAAUUUGUAUCCAGUUAUGGUGAAUCAAGAACUGUAUCCUCCUGAAGAUUAUGACUUUCCAUAUGCAUUUACUACGCUAUGUUUUCUUGCUGAUGAGGAAGAUAGAGCAAGGCUAUUGAUAUCACUUCCAGGGAAAAUCGUUUUGUACGAUUUGCACAAUGGAAUUGUGAGAGAGUUAGCUGAUGUAAAGCCUGAUUCUUUCAGAAAUUUCAUUGGUGGUGCACGGUAUGAUUGUUUUGAUGCCUAUACACAUGUUGAGACACUUGCUUUUGUUUGAGUUUCUUGUAAUCUUUUUUGUGGUUCGUUUUGUUUGGUGCAAUAUCAGUUUUUCACUUGUACUGAAAUCUCGCAAUUCCUUUGUGUGUUCUGUUUCUGAUAUUCUGCUUCAAUUACUCAGAAGAUUACUACAGUAUGAGGAUCCUCUGAAAAGUCCAA